AUGGGGCGCCGCGGCUCUGCUCCUCCGGCCCAGCCUUCAGAGCGCAGAGACCCACCCGCGACCCGGCGAUGACCGCGGACGCGCGCGGGGCCACGGCUAACGCGCGCGGUUCCCGCCUCCGGCGCUGUGCGCAGGGCUCGGCGGCCACCCCGGUGGACGGUUUCCCGCGCGAAACCAAGCACUUCGCGGACUCGCUGCGGCCCCGGGAGGCACCUCGACGUCGGGUGCCGUGCGCGCGGCGCUCGGCGAGGGCUGGGCUGCGCCGCACUCACUCCCGGGUCCCCGCCGGGCCUGGCCCGAGAGGCCCUCGUCGCACCCCCACGUCUGCGCGCAAAUACGCGCUCCGGCCGGGCCGGUCGUCCCACGACAGAGCGGGGCUGGGGACCGCGGGCAGGGCUGGGGAGGGGGACGCGCGGCUCGGCGCGGCCCGCACAUGGAGCCCGCAGUCCCGGCCUACGACGCCCGCGGGAAAGCCCCGUCGGCGCGAGCACGACACUCGCUCGGGGACAACCAAGCUGCCCCCGGGCCUGCUUGGGCCAAACCCCCAGCUACGGCCCCGCGCGCUCCCGCGUCCACCGAGCCGCGGGAUCCGCUCCGGGACCCUCCACGGGCCGCCCGCGCCCCGGCCGCACUGCGCCUGCGCGGGGGCGCCCCGGACCGCACCAUCGCCCGAGCAGGGGUGCGCGCGGCGGGCGCCCCACCCCGGCCCGUGGAGCCGCCCGUCGCCAUGGAGCCGCCCGCCGCCCUCGACGCCGCGGCCCAGGUCUGGGAGCGCCCGCGGAGGAGCCUCUGCGACCCCCGGCGGGCCACAGAGAGCUAAAAUUUCUGCUUCCCAAGAUGGAAGAAGACGCUGUCCCGGCCCCGCCGAAGCCGCGUCCGGGCGGCGUCGGGCCGGCGGCAGGAGCCGAUGAACGAGAGGCCCCGGAGUUUGCGGUUGAACUUCCUCCUCCAGAAGCCGGGAAGGGAGCUGGCGCGCCACGGCCUGGCCCCGAGCAGGGGCACAAGGCUGGCGCCGGCGCCCAGGAGACGAGGGCGGCCCCCCCAGACGGACGGCGGGCCUGCGGGCUGCGGAGGACCCUGAGCCGCCUAGAGGAGCUGCGCCGGGAGAAGGAGCUUUGCGUCCAGAGAACCAGAGGAGAGCUGCGCGCUUGCCGUCAGAGGGUGGAGCUCAUCACCAAGCAGCAGGCGAGCGUGGCUGCGGAGACGGCUGCGGAAAGAGAGGCCAACAACACCAGUGCAGCCGUGGGCCGCCUCCAGGCGGUGUCCAGACGCCUCUGCAGGGAGCUGGACGCUGAGCGAGUCCUGCAGGCGCAGAUCAGGGAGCUGCUGCGGAAGGACGAGAGCAGCAUGUGGCACGUUGCCAUCCAGGAGAGACAGCUCGAGGAUGCCCGGAAGUCUGCCUGGGAGGAGGAGGCGGCUGGCAGGAAGCGCCGCUGGGAGCAGGCCGCCAAGCAGCUCCGCAGGGAGGAGGAGGCUGCAGAGAAGGCGGAGUGGAACAGGCUGCUGAGGGUGAGGAAGUCCACGUACCUCCAGAAGGAGCACGGGCUUAGGCACCAGAAGCUGGUGGAAGACGCCCAGAGGAAUCGCAAGACGGCAGUGAAAUUCCUGAAGGCUUCCCUGAGAAGAUGCCGGGAGCAGGAGGAGCAGGAGGAGAAGGAGGCCCGGGCACACAUGAGAAGGCGCAUGGACGCGGUCCUGGCCCUGAAGAACAGCAUCACAGCCAACAGGGAAACGCUCCGGAAAUUUCAAGCAUGGAGCCAGGCGAAGGCGGAGCUGGCUGAGCAGAAGUCCCAGACAGAGAAGGAGAUGGUUCUGGCCCAGGGUGGCGACGCCUUCAGACACCUUUUCCAUCAACGCAGGUGCCAGGAGCUGGAAGCCCAGAACCGCACCUUCGAGGAAGAGCAGAGGCUCAGAAAGCAAGAGAUCGUAGGUCGGAUUCUGAAAGAGGAGGCCAAGGAAGAGAGCAGGAAGAGGAAACAGUCGUCCCCUGCCAAGGCCCGGGACCAGCCGACUCUGCGGGAGAAGACGUGGAGUUACAUCACGGACGUCUGUGAAGGGAAGGACACAGCAGUCCCUUACUGUCACCUGCUGGAUGGCAACGGGGCCACACCCCCCAGAGCCUCACAGUUACUGGAAGCCAUUUCCAGUGAGUCCGUCCAGGGAGACCCCGGGAACACCAGCUGGGAAGAUGACACGCUGGCCGAGCCAGAGAUCCCCGGGCUUUGGAAGGAAGACUACAAGCCGUACCAGGUGCCCAAGGAGGAGGUAGACCGGAAGCCUGUGGGGGGGACGAAGAUGGACAAGGACAUCCUGGCCCGCACCGUGGAGCAGCUGCGCAGCCGAGUGACCCACAGGCAGGUGGUGUCCGGGCGCGAGUUCCGAGGUCGCCCCUUCAAGAGCAAGCCGCGGCUCGUCCACUUCAAGGAUUUUGAUAUUGGCAAAGUGUACAAGAAAAAGAUCACGUUGACAAACGCCACCUACACCAUUAACUUCUGCAAGCUGGUGGGCGUGGAGGAGCAUCUCCAGGACUUCAUCCACAUCCACUUUGAUCCCCCUGGUCCCAUGUCAGCUGGGAUGUCCUGCGAAGUACUUGUCACCUUCAAGCCCAUGAUCAACAAAGAUCUGGAAGGAAACGUCUCAUUUAUGGCUCAGACAGGGGGAUUUUCUGUUCCGCUGAAGUGUUCCACGAAGAAAUGUGCACUAACCCUGGACAAGGAGCUCAUCGACUUUGGCAGCUAUGUGGUGGGGGAGACCACAUCCCGGACUAUCACGCUGACCAACACCGGGGGCUUGGGCACCACGUUCAAGUUUCUUCGGAUAUCAGAGUCCUGUGAAAUGGGCAUCGCCCUGUCAGCCAUGAAAAUGAGCAGUGUGUUCACCGAUGAAGAUAAAAGUUUUUACGAUAAAAUCAUCGCCAGCGUUUCUGAGCAACAGAUCAAGGGCAACGAGUCCUCUCCCACAGACAUGCGAAGCCAGAAAGAGUCUGGGAAGCUGGACAGCAAGGAACAGGAAGAGGGGCGCCCCACUGAAUCCGACGGAGUGACCGUGAACACUGUCGUGACCAUACCCCACAACGAGGAGCCGACAGAGAUCUCGCUAGGAGAGAACACAGAGGGUGAGAUCGGCCCCUUCAGCUCCGUCAAAGUGCCGGUCACCUUCACGCCGGUCAUCCCAGGAGAGGUCCAGACCAAGUUCAAGGUUGUGUUCAAGAAUCAGCAGUGCCCGACCUUGUAUUUCAGAGUCAUGGGCAUCGCUAUCGACGUGCCGGUCUGGGUGCCGAAGCCCUGUGUGGACCUGAAGAUUUGUAUGUAUGACCGGCUGUACCAGGACUCCGUCCUCGUGCACACUCGGUCGAAAGCGGCGCUGCGUCUGAAGUUUGAAGUGUGCAGGGAGCUACGGGAGCACAUGGAGCUCCUGCCAGAGACGGGCUACAUCCAGGCCCAGUCCUGCUACUCCGUGCAGCUCAAGUUCCUGCCGCGACACUCCCUCCCAGAAGACGCAGGGAAGUAUUUUGACAAGGAAAGCAGAGUCCUAGAGGCCCCGAUGACAAUCCGGGUGGCUGACCAGAUCAAGCCGGUGGUGUUUACCGUGCAUGCUGUGGUCACCACCUCGGACCUAGAGCUCAGUCCCUCGGCCGUGGACUUCGGCUACUGCACGAUCUACGAGGCCAUCAGGACACAAAUCAGCCUCUACAACCACUCCCUCCUGCCCCAGGGCUUUGGGUUCGUCGGGGUCCCCAAGUUUGUGGACAUCCAGCCCAAUGACGGGUUUGGGACAAUCCUGCCGCUGGAAAUGCUCCAACUUGACCUGAUCUUCCAACCCACCAAGGCCAAGGAGUACGACUUUGAGCUCGUUUGCAAGUCCGAGAUCAACCGGUCCUUCAAGCUGGCGUGCCGAGCUGUGGGCGUCCACCCGCCCCUGGAGCUGUCCCACUACCAAGUCAAGUUUGCGGCCACCUCCCUGUAUGACAUGUCCGUGGCCACCCUGUACGUCAUCAACUCUCACGUGAGCAUGAACUCACUGACCCACUCCGUGCCCCGCAUCGGCUCUGAGGACGCCUCUCCCGUGGGGCCCACGUCCUUCGAGUUCCUGCUGCCCCCGGACUCGCCCAUCACCAUCUCGCCCUCCGUGGGGACCGUGCUGCCAGGAAAGAGACGCCUUAUCCGGGUGGCGUUCCGGCCCGUGCUGCCCAGCAAGCUGGUCCACCAGGAAGCCUCCCAGGCCCUGAGCAGACCGGCGGAGGCCAAAGUGCUUCGCAAGGACACAACCAGCCAGAAGAAGGACCUCAAGAGACAGUCCUUCUCCAUGCUACAGCCGCAGAACCAAGACCGACUGCUCAGGAGCUCGACCACCCCAACUGCAGAGCUGGACAAGCAGGACCUCAAGUUCAGUUCCAACGAGUACCAGAUUGCCCAGGCCACCCUGGCCAGAUCUUUCCAGGGGAAGUUCGACAAGUUUGUGGUUCCCUGUGUCGUCGCCAGUGGUGACACCAAAGACAGGAAGGGGACAGAACCCCUGAGUUUCAGUCCUCACAAUACCCUGUACCUGGAGCUGUGGUGUCCGGCAGUGGCACCCUCUGUCGUGGUGACCUCCAACAAAGGCAAGACCAUCUCCGACUUCGGCGACAUUGCUGUAGGACACCACGGGAUAAAGAAGGUCUCCAUCCAGAACAUCUCCCCGGAGGAUCUUGCCGUAGAAUUCUCCGUGCUGAACCCCAACGGCCCCUUCGUCCUGCUGAACCCCAUCAGCAAGCUGCUUACUGGCGAGACCUACGUCCUGACGCUGUCCUUCUCUCCCCGCGAGAGCAUCCUGGCCCAAGAAACACUCGACAUCACCACCAAGAGAGGGACACUCUCCCUGACCCUCGUGGGCACCGGCGUGGCAUCCGUGAUCACGUGCUCCAUUGACGGGGACGUUCUCGACAUGGGUUACGUCAUUGCCAGAGAGUCUGUGUCCUCAAGUUUCAAGCUGCAGAACUGCUCCACGCUGCCCAUCAAGUUCUCGCUGCAGCUGGACAGCCUCUCCCGCUCCAGGAGCGAAGACCAGCCGCGCCUGCCGCAGUUCCUCAUCUCGAGGGCCCAGAGGACUGAAGUCGUGGGCACCCAGAACUACAGCGGCCAGAGCGUGUUCAGUGUGAUCCCGGUCGAAGGCAUCGUGGACCCAGGCAAGGCCCAGGACUUCACCGUGACCUUCAGCCCAGACCAUGAGAGCCUGUACUUCUCUGACAGGCUGCGGGUGGUGCUCUUCGAAAAGAGACUCUCCCACCAGAUCCUCCUGAAGGGCGCAGCCCGCGAACACAUGAUGUUUGUGGAGGGCAGCGACCCCCUGGACGUGCCUGUGGAGUCCCUGACCGUGAUCCCCACCCGCGAGCCUGAGCACAGAGAGGAAACAGAGGAGCUGAAGUCCAUCCUGGUGACCCUAGACUACAUCCAGUUAGACACAGACACGCCACCUCCCCCUGCCACCCGGGAGCUGCAGGUGGGCUGCAUCCGGACGAGCCAGGUGUCCCCAAAGAAGACAGUCGAGUUCAGCCUGGAGGGCGGCGCCGCUCUGCAGCACAAGGGCUUCACCAUCGAGCCCUCCAGGGGCUCCGUGGAGCGUGGCCAGACCAAGACCAUCAGCAUCUCCUGGAUGCCGCCUGCCGAUUUUGACCCAGAUCACCCACUCACGGUGUCAGCCCUGCUGCAGCUCAAGGGGGACGUGAAGGAGACUUACAAGGUCCUCUUGGUGGCCCAGGUGGUGACUGGCCCCUGAGGCCACAGGAGUCUCUCCACAGAGCCCCCUCGGGCCCUCCUGCUCACCCUUGAAGCCCUCCCCUGGUCUGUAAACAGGCCAAACCACCCACAGGCCUGGGACCUGCGCAUCCCCGGCUGGGAGGUUCAAACGUGCAGCCCUCUGUGUGACCCAUGGCCAGGGCGCCCCACCCCACAGGCAUGGCCACUUCCUACUGCCCUGGGCCCCCUGAGUCCAGAGCACUCCCUCCUCUGGCCCCACUCAGAAGCAGCAAGAAGGCCAG